AUGCGUCUUUGCCCACCUGUAGAUGAAGACGAUUCUCCAAAUCCAUCCAGCAGUGACCAAACAGCACCAGGUACCAAAUCAUCACUGAAGGAUACAGGUGAACAUGAUAACGAUGACAACUGCGACGGCAAAGGCAAACAGAGUAGUUCUGGUUCUUCUAUCAAAAAAAGCCGCAAUAACAAAGUCGAAUGUCCAGCACCUGUUGUUAGUAAUAAUGAUGUUAUCGUCGUUGUGGAAGAUCAUUCUGACCAGAUGGAUGAGUCCGAUAUGGAUUUGGAUUUGGUAGUACGAGAUGAAUGCAACGAAACGCAUGGUAUUUUUGCAUCAUAUUUAUCUAUUCUAGUAGUUUCUAAAUGCAUAUCAGAUUC